GCCGCCGCGCCGCCCCUCUCAGUGUCGUCGGAGCCUCAAAGCACCUGUGAGCUCGCGAAAGUCCGUUCAGACUCCAGCCCGGCCCAGACCGGCCCGACCCGACCGCACCCGGCCCCCGCCCUUGCUCGGCGUCCCCGGCCGACCAUGGGCCCUUCGAGCCGCAGCCACUCCGCGCUGCUUCUGCUGCUGCUGCUGCAGGUCUCGUAUAGGGUCUGCCAAGAGCCGGAGUCCUGCCACCCCGGCUUUGAUUCCGAGAGCUACACAUUCACGGUGCCUCGGCGGCACCUGGAGAGAGGCCGCGUCCUGGGCAGAGUGAGUUUUGAAGAUUGCACUGGUCGACCAAGGACAGCCUACUUUUCCGUCGACACCCGAUUCAAAGUGGGCACAGAUGGCGUGAUUACAGUCAAAAGGCCUGUACAACUUCAUAACCCACAGAUCCAUUUUCUGGUCUACGCCUGGGACUCCACCUACAGAAAGUUUUCCACCAAAGUCACGCUGCAGGCAGUGGGGCACCCCCAUCAUGACUCUGUUCCUGAAUCCCACAUGGAAGUGCUCACAUUUCCCAACUCCUCUCAUAGCCUCAGAAGACAGAAGAGAGACUGGGUUAUCCCUCCCAUCAGCUGCCCAGAAAAUGAAAAAGGCCCAUUUCCUAAAAACCUGGUUCAGAUCAAAUCCAACAAAGACAAAGAAGCCAAGGUUUUCUAUAGCAUCACUGGCCAAGGAGCUGACACGCCCCCUGUUGGUGUCUUUAUUAUUGAAAGAGAAACAGGGUGGCUGAAAGUGACAGAGCCUUUGGAUAGAGAACAAAUUGCCACCUACACUCUCUUCUCCCAUGCUGUGUCAUCCAAUGGGAAUGCUAUUGAGGACCCAAUGGAGAUUGUGAUAACCGUGACUGAUCAGAAUGACAACAAGCCCGAGUUCACCCAGGAGGUCUUUCACGGGUCUGUCAUGGAAGGUGCUCUUCCAGGAACCUCCGUGAUGGAGGUCUCAGCCACAGACGCAGACGAUGAUGUGAACACCUACAAUGCCGCCAUCGCUUACACCAUCCUCAGCCAAGCGCCUGAGCUGCCUUACCAAAAGAUGUUCACAAUUAAUAAGGACACAGGAGUCAUCAGUGUGCUCACCACCGGGCUGGACCGAGAGAGUUUCCCUACAUAUACGCUGGUGGUCCAGGCUGCUGACCUUCAAGGAGAAGGGUUAAGCACAACAGCAACAGCUGUGAUCACAGUCACUGAUGCCAAUGAUAACCCUCCGAUCUUCAAUCCCACCACGUACCAGGGUCAGGUGCCCGAGAACGAGGCUAACUUCAAAAUCGCCACACUGAAAGUGACUGAUGCUGACGCCCCCAACACCCCGGCGUGGGAGGCUGUAUACACCAUAUUGAAUGAUAAUGAGGGGCAAUUUGUCGUCACCACAGAUCCAGUGACCAACGAUGGCAUUUUGAAAACAGCAAAGGGCUUGGAUUUUGAGGCCAAGCAGCAGUACAUUCUACAUGUGGCAGUAACAAAUGUGGCCCCAUUUGAGGUCUCUCUCACCACCUCCACAGCUACUGUCAUCGUGGAUGUGCUGGAUGUGAAUGAAGCCCCCAUCUUUGUGCCUCUUGAAAAGAAAGUGACAGUGUCCGAGGACUUUGGUGUGGGCCAGGAAAUCACAUCCUACACUGCCCGGGAGCCAGACACAUUUAUGGAACAGAAAAUAACGUAUCGGAUUUGGAGAGACACUGCCAAUUGGCUGGAGAUUAAUCCGGACACUGGUGCCAUUUCCACUCGGGCUGAGCUGGACAGGGAGAACUUAGAGCAUGUGAAGAACAGCACAUACACAGCCCUCAUCAUAGCUACAGAUAAUGGUUCUCCAGUUGCUACUGGAACAGGGACGCUUCUGCUGAUCCUGUCUGAUGUGAAUGACAAUGCCCCCAUACCAGAACCCCGAAAUUUGUACUUCUGCGAGAGGAAUCCAGAGCCUCAAGUCAUCAACAUCAUUGAUGCAGACCUUCCUCCCAAUACAUCUCCCUUCACGGCAGAACUAACACAUGGGGCGAGUGCCAACUGGACCAUUGAGUACAAUGACCCAACCCAAGAAUCUCUCAUUUUGAAGCCAAAGAUAUACUUAGAGGUGGGUGAGUACAAAAUCAAUCUCAAGCUCAUGGAUAACCAGAAUAAAGACCAAGUGACCACCUUAGAGGUUCACGUAUGUGACUGUGAAGGGACCGCCAACGUCUGUCGAAAGGCACAGUAUGUCGAAGCAGGAUUGCAAGUUCCUGCCAUCCUGGGGAUUCUUGGAGGAAUUCUUGCUUUGCUAAUCCUGAUUCUACUGCUCUUGCUGUUUCUUUGGAGGAGAACCGUGGUCAAAGAGCCCUUACUGCCCCCGGAGGAUGACACCCGGGACAAUGUUUAUUACUAUGAUGAAGAAGGAGGCGGAGAAGAGGAUCAGGACUUUGACUUGAGCCAGUUGCACAGGGGCCUAGACGCUCGGCCUGAAGUAACUCGCAACGAUGUCGCACCAACCCUCAUGAGCGUUCCCCGGUACCUUCCCCGCCCUGCCAAUCCCGAUGAAAUUGGAAAUUUUAUUGAUGAAAAUCUGAAGGCGGCUGAUAGUGACCCCACGGCCCCACCUUAUGAUUCUCUGCUCGUGUUUGACUAUGAAGGAAGUGGUUCCGAAGCUGCUAGUCUGAGCUCCCUGAACUCCUCGGAGUCAGACAAAGACCAGGACUAUGACUACUUGAACGAAUGGGGCAAUCGCUUCAAGAAGCUGGCAGACAUGUACGGAGGCGGCGAGGAUGACUAGGGGACUCGAGGGAGACGGGCCCUAGACCCGUGCGCUGGGAAAUGCAGAAAUCAUGUUGCUGGUGGUUUUUCAGUGCCCUUCUCUUGAGAUGAGUUUCUGGGGGAAAAAAGAGACCGGUCAGUGAUGCAGUUAAUAUAGUUAGAUUUUCCACUUUAUAGCUCUAAUCGAUGUGUGUUAGAAAAGUUUUGACUUACUCCUAGAAGCUAUUUUUUUUCCCAUCUCUCUUUACAUGGUGGUGAUGUCCAAAAGGUACCCAAUUUUAAUAUUCCAGAAAAACAGCUUUAGUGUCAGAAGAUUCACCUAGCACCUUGCAGAUUUUCUUAAGGAAUUUUGUCUCACUUUUAAAAAGAAGGGCAGAAGUCAGCUAUUCUAGUUCUGUGGUUUUGUGUAUAUAAUUCUUUUUUUUUUAAUUUGUGCACUCCCGCUCAUUGCUACAAAGUCCCCUUCCCCCCUUUUUUUUUUAAACAGGUCUCAAUCAGCCAGGUUGGAGUGCAGUGGUGCAAUCACAGUUCACUGCAGACUUGACCUCCCAGGCUCAAGUAACCUCCCACCUCAGUCUCCCAAGAAGCUGGGACCACAGGCAUGCACCACUAUGCGUGACUAAUUUUUUAAAUAUUUGAGAUAGGGUCUCCCUAUGUUACUCAGGCUGGUCUUAAACUCUUGGCUCAAGUGAUCCUCCCAUGGUGGGCUCCCAGAGUGUUGGGAUUACAGGCAUGAGCCACUGCACCUGCCCAGCUUCCAAAUCCCUGCCAUUUUUGUUUUUUUGAGACAGAGUCUUGUACUGUCACCCAGGUUGGAGUACAGUGGCAUGAUCUCAGCUCACUGCAAUUUCUGCCCCCUGGAUUCAAGUGAUUCUUCUGCCUCAGCCUGCUGAGUAGCUGGAACUACAGGUAUGCACCACCACACCCAGCUCAUUUUUGUGUUUUUAGUAGAAACAGGGUUUCAGCAUGUUGGUCAGGCUGGUCUCAAACUCCUGACCUUGGGAUCUGCCCACCUUGGCCUCCCAAAGUGAUGAGAUUACAGGUUUAAGCUACUGCACCUGGCCCUCCCUGAUGUUUUUUAAGAGACAGAGUUUCACUCUGUCACCAAGGCCUGGGAUGCAGUGACGUGAUCAUAGCUCUCUGUAACCUCAAACUCUGGUGCUCAAUCAAUUCUCCCACCAGCCUCCUCUUUAUUUUUUGUACAGAUUGGGUCUUGCUAUGUUGCCCACGCUGGUCUUGAGCUCCUGGCCUCAAGCAAUCCUCCUGCCUUGGCCUCCCAAAGUGCUGGGAUUUGCAGGCUUGAGCUGCUGCGCCCAGCCUCCAUGUUUUAGUAUCUACUCUCACUCCUGAAUUCAGUUGCUUUGCCCAAGAUAGGAGUUCUUUGAUGCAGAAAUUAUUGGGCCCUUUUAGGGUAAGAAGCUUGUGUCUUCAUCUGGCCACAUCUUGACUGGGUAUUGUCUACUCAAGAUCUUUGAUGGCUUCCCUCUUUCAUCUCCUGAUUACGUAACUUGCAAUGGGCAUCUAUCCAGUGACUUGUUCUGAUGUGUUCAUCGAUGUUUAUUUAGCACUGAAAUAAGAGUUAUAUACUCCCGGACUUAGAAUAGUGCCUGAAGUGCUGUAGCCAAAGAUAGAGUGGAACUAUGAAAAGUGGGCAUGGAGAUGGCAGGAAAUCUUGUCAUUGAGUCUGUCAAUUUAACAAACUGAUGCUGAGGAUGACUGAGGUAGGUCUACUUCAUCUCUGAAAAUUCUGGAGGGAAUGGAGGAAUCUCAACAUGUGUUUCUGACACAGGAUCUGUGCUUUGUACUCAAAGCCCAGAAUCCCCAAGUGCCUGCUUUUGAUAAUGUCUACAGAAAAUGCUGGCUGAUUGACACAUUUGCCCGAUUCCAAUUGUGCAUAGAAAACUGAGAAUAUUUAAAAUUCCAAUUGUUUUUCUUAGGAGCAAGAAGAAAAUGUGGCCCUAAAGGGGAUUAAUUGAGGGAUGCGGGAUGGGAGUGGAGAGGAUCUUGAAUUGGAUCUUUUUUUAAUUUAAAUGUGAGUUUCCACUUUUGACAAUCAAAGGAAAGACUUGUUGAAACAGCUUUACUGUUUCUCAAGUGUUCUGGAGAAAAAAAUCAACCCUGCAAUCACUUUUUGAAAUUGUCUUAUUUUUCUGCAGUGCAAGCUGUAUCGAAUAUAGUUGUAUGUAGAGAAUGUCACCGUAGUCUUGAGUUUGUAUGUGUGUGGGUACUGGUAUUUUCUUUGAGGGUGGAAAAGGAAAACCAAGCUGAAAAUUAUUCUCAAAGAUGAAUUUUUAUAAAUUUUAUUAAAGAAUUUUGUUAAA